AUGAAGCUUGCUACCUCUUUGGCGCUGAGCUCCGUCGUCCAUCAAGGGCUUGCACUCCUUGAUUCAAAAGCGAUACUGUCCAAGUACUUUGGCAAUGAUGCACCGUGGUAUCAGGACCGCAUUCCUCUCUUCGAAUCAAGCGAUGCCGACCUCACCGAUACAUACUACUACCGCUGGUCCAUCUUCCGUGCCCACCAACGGGAUCUAGGCGCCUAUGGAUUCAUCUCAACCGAGUUUCUCAACGACGUCUCCUGGCAAACCAAGCCAUGGGCUUCGCUGAAUGAUGCAACGGGCUUCCAUCUUCUGGAGGCUCGAUGCAACAGACGCCAAUUUUCAGAGAGUAUGGCCUCGGCUGUUUGGGAUGGAUAUCUAGUCGACGGGUCGGUGCCUGAUGUCAUCAAACGACUGGAUGCUAUGCAAGUCGUCUAUGAGGCGUGGAAGGACUCUUACGACACUUCAAAGGGUCUGUACUGGGUUGAGCCACUUCGCGAUGCUACAGAGUACACCAUCUCGAGUAUCGAUGCAUCUGGUGGCCUCGAUGGUUUCACUGGAGGAGAGGCAUUCCGACCGACAAUCAACAGCUACCAAUACGCCAACGCCCGGGCAAUCGCUAACAUUGCAGCGCUCAAGGGCGGUUUCGACAGUACGGUUUCGACGUACAACGGACGAGCGCAAGCACUUAAACAGCGCGUACAAGACGCACUCUGGAACUCUACAUUCGAGCACUUCAUCGACCGGUUCAAAGUCAACAACCAACACGUUGCUUACUGGGACUUCAUCCGUGGACGCGAACUUGCCGGCAUGGUACCCUGGACCCACGACCUCCCCGACGACAAAGUAGAGUACGCUCAAGCCUGGAGUCACGUACUCAACAGCAGCCAGCUGUCCGGUCCCGCCGGUCUCCGCACCGGAGAGCCCAGCUACCAAUACUACAUGCGCCAAUACCGCUACGAAGGCAAAAACCCAGAAUGCCAAUGGAACGGACCCGUCUGGCCCUUCCAAUACACCCAAGUCCUCUCUGGCCUCGCAAACUUCCUCGAUCACUACCCCACCGGCACCCAAACCGGCGUCAUCACCCAAAAGGACUACACAGCCAUGCUCCGCAAAUACGCAAAACUCCACCGCAACCCCUCGACAGGAAUCUUGGACUUGGAAGAAGACUAUCACCCAGACACCGGCCUCCCCAUUGUCGGCCUCAAGCGCUCCCACCACUACUUCCACUCGGGCUUCAACGACCUCAUCAUCAGUGGCCUUGUCGGUCUCCGCCCCUCCGCCUCAGAUGUUCUCGUCGUAAACCCCCUUUUUGAUACCUCCAUCAGCUUUUUCCGCGCAGAACGCAUCCCCUACCACGGCCACGACAUCGCCAUCCAAUGGGACGCCAGCGGUGCGCACUACGGGACCCGCGGCCUCGUAGUUGAAAUAGACGGCAAAGUCGCCGUCUCGCAACUUGACGUGUCCAAGAUUAGUAUCCCUCUUACCCGUGCGCCGCCUCCUGCACCGUUUACUUCGCGUAUCGCAAAGUCCAUUCAGCUUAACGCUUCGAUGCCUUACCCACGCGGAACGGCCUCUGUGGCAAAUUCGAAUACGUACGCUGCAAUCGACGGACGCGUGUGGUUCUUCGAUACGCCCGAUGCGGCAAAUGGGUGGGAUUCACCUGUCGCUGCUGCUGCUGCUGCUGCUGCUACCAACAGCACAGCUGCUGAAAUGUGGUUCGAAAUCGAUUUCGGCGCCCAAGUCAAUAUCAGCAGUGCUGAAAUCGCUUUUUUCGCAAACAAAGAACAGGGAUUCGCGGCGCCGAGCAAGUACAGGCUUCAGGUUCUGGCACAAGGGGGUAGUAGCAGUUGGGAGGAUGUGCAGGGGGCGGUGUAUGGCGGUGUUGUGGCGAAUGGGGUUACGCAGGCUGAGUGGAAGGCGGUGCAGGGUCAGAGGAUUAGGCUAGUUUUUACGCCUGUGGUGGGGAAGAGGGUUAGGUUGGUUGAGUUUAAGGUUUUUUAA